UUCUUAGGCUUUUGAGGGCACUAAUUUAAGUGCUCUUCGUUAGGAAAUUUCUUAAUCUUGUAGCCGGAGCGGAAAAUAAAAAGCGCAUCCAGCCCAACUUCCGGAGGACUAAAAUAGUGACGAACAACCAGGAAGCGGCCGGGCUAGGAGCUGUCCCCGGUUCUCCGCUCCUCUCUGAAGUGGACCCUUCCUGUGUUCCCUGGACUCUGUUUUUCUGUCCCCUGUGGCCCCAGCCCCGACCUAGGCUCCGGCCCAGGCGGGCCACUCCAGAGCCGCCAUGUCGUCUGACUUCGAAGGCUACGAGCAAGACUUCGCGGUACUCACUGCUGAGAUCAACAAGAUUGCAAGGGUACCCCGACUCCCGCCUGAUGAGAAGAAGCAGAUGGUUGCGAAUGUGGAGAAACAGCUUGAAGAAGCAAAAGAACUGUUGGAACAGAUGGACCUGGAAGUCCGAGAGAUUCCACCCCAAAGUCGAGGAAUGUACAGCAACAGAAUGAGAAGCUACAAGCAAGAAAUGGGAAAACUUGAGACAGAUUUUAAAAGGUCACGGAUCGCCUACAGUGACGAAGUACGGAAUGAGCUCCUAGGGGAUGAUGGGAAUUCCUCAGAGAACCAGUUGAUAAAAUUACGUGAAGAGAGGGCACAUCUGCUCGAUAACACAGAGAGGCUGGAAAGGUCAUCUCGGAGACUAGAGGCUGGAUACCAAAUAGCAGUGGAAACCGAGCAAAUUGGCCAGGAGAUGUUGGAAAACCUCAGUCAUGACAGAGAAAAGAUACAGAGAGCACGCGAAAGGCUUCGGGAAACAGAUGCUAACUUGGGGAAAAGCUCCAGGGUUCUGACAGGGAUGUUGCGAAGAAUCAUCCAGAACCGCAUCCUGGUCGUCAUCCUUGCCAUCAUCCUGGUCAUCACCAUCCUGACGGCCAUCACUUUUUCUGUCAGAAGACACUGAUGUAUCUGCUCCUCCCUGAUCAACAGCAACAACUGCCCGUUCUGAGUAAUUAAGACAAAAUGGUCACAUGAAUCAUUCUGUGGCGCUGACAGGCCCCGGGUCACCCUCCCCCCUCACUCACCACUGUUCAGCCAAAGCGCAAAGAGUGUAAAAAUAUUUUCUAUUCCUGUUUGCAUGUGGGUUGGUUUCCUUUUCUAGGUUUGUCUUCACCCAGAUUUGUUUUUUUAUAGGGGAAGGUGAAUGUUUAUUUGCCUUUUUGGUAAUUUCGUCUUCAGACCAGAAUAGCCUUGGUGACAUUCUUGCUUGCCCUGUGGACACGUCAGGGGUCAUGGUUUGGGAGAUGAGCCAGUCACGGGGGCUCCUGAUGGGCUCUGCUGUUUGUCACACACCUCUUGUCACCGAACAGCCCUUCUCUGAUGUCUGAGGAUUAAAAAAAAAAAAUGCAGAGACAAGCAGGGGCCAGAGCCAGUGACCAGCUCAGCAAACCUGCCCUGUUCCUCCCCAGGCAGAAUGAGUUUAGUCAACCUGCCAGAGUGCGUUCCUUGUAAAGGUGGGUAUUUAAUAGCAGUUGUGCAGGAAAUUGACUUCGCACUUUCCCUGUUUUUCUAAGCAUUCUUUUUCUACCCAAGAAUAUCUCUUGCUGAGCCUGCUCAGUAUCCACUUUUCACAACUUUGAUUACUGACUACGAGAAAGAUUUCCUUGCCUUCCAAAAAUCUCAUCCUCCCCAGAAUGUGCUGGCAGAGGGAAGCUCUGCACCAUAUUUAAUGAUGACCCCGUCUCCCCUGACCUGUGUAAGCAUCUCUGUAUCCUUUCGGUCUUAGUAUUUGCACUGCCGAAAGCAGCCCUCAUACAUGCAAAAGGUCUGACAGGGUUCUCUCCACAUCCAUUCCAAUAUGUAAAGAGAACAUGAAUAUUUCAGGAAGAGCAAGAACAUGACUCCGUCGGUGAGAAAUUCCAAAUGUGAUUAUCAAUAUGAUGGAGUCCCGGAGGCUGAUCCACUAGAAAUAAGCUUAAUGGAAAAUGUUCACUAACCUCCUUUAAAAGAAUAAGGGAUUGCAGCGCAUCACAAAAGGACGGCUUGGGUUUUUCCCUGACAAAUGUGAGCACAGCCUUCCUGAAUUCCCAGUGUAUUCAAACCUCUAACACGCGUUGUGAUUUUCUUGGGUUUCCUUCUGUCCGAGGUCACCGGGAAUUGCGUUCAAGUUGAGUUCAUUUAUGGUCAGCCUUCAAGUCGCCCAAGCUGAGGUCAUUCUCCCCCUAGUCAUAAAGGGAAAUGUGUUUUUCUUUAAGGCGUCAUGAGCACUUACAGGGCCCUAUCUGUCUUUUGAAUAUAAUUGGAAGCUUUGAAUCCUUGAAAAGCGAACGUGUUCCCUUCAGAAAAAAUGCUAACCACCUGUGUCCACGGACGGAGAUCACCUGGAUGCAGCGGGUCCCCCCCGCCCCCCAGCCAGCUCAGAAGAGAACCAUUAUGGGUUAGGGAGGAAAUGCAGAAUGGCAAAAUCCACCCGAGAAAUUGUACUUAGCGAAACAGGCUAGGGCCUGCAUGUGCUCAGAUAAAUCAUUUAGUAUCGUGUAAAUAAAGCUGCAGCCUUUACCUCGCAGGGAUGGUGUGGGAUUUUGGCAGAGCGAAGGAGACCAGCAAAGGAGCAGGAAGGUGGUACUAAUUGUCCUAUCAGCUUCCGGGAUCUAUCUCAGCAAGCAUCUUUUAUUCCGAUAACGCGACGCCCGUUUGUGCUGAGCACAUCAAAGACAUGAUUAAAAAGCAAGGAAACAAGUAAUCUCCUUCUCAUUCUGAAACUCUAAUUGCGGGGAAGUGGUCUUCCAACCCCACCGGUGGCCUUCUUCCAAACCGUUGGUCUUAGCAAAAGUGUAUAAUCGGUCACCCAGCUGCACCUCACACCUCCAGGUUCUUCCCAAGGCCCCCUGGCAAACCAGGUGGAUCUGAUCCUCUCAGCUUGCUGGUUCCUACAUAAUUUCACGAGCACCUAGAGUUCACGUGCAAGUAGAGGGAGUCCAGGAGUACACAUGGCCCCCCUCUCAAUGGCUUCUUCUUUGGGGCUCUAGCUCUUUAUGAGCUCUUGCCUAAGAUUUUGCCCCACUUCACCCUUGAGAGUGGAAAGAAUGCAAAGAGCCAACCCUUGGCCUGACAGCCCCAUCAAAUCCACCUCGAGAGUGACCCCCUAGACCAGGAGAGCCAGCACUUUAUAGGAAGCUGGUGCAAAAGCCCCCUGAGUUCCCACUUGUCCGUCUCAGAUGCUGCAGGACAGAUUCAGAGGAGCCUCGAGGGAGGAGAAUUGUUCGCCCCCCAAUUGUUCGCCCUGCCCUGGGGAAGGAGGAAAGCCCCCCAUUUCAAAGCUGAUCGCAGAACCGCGAAAGGUUCUAGGAACUUAAUACAUGGCCUUUGAUUGAUGACUCUCUCUCAAGUCAGGAGGCUUUGUGAAAAAUGGUGUUCGAUGGGAGGGUUGGGGGUGGAAGACAAGACGCAGAGGAGGAAGAGGAAGGAAGAAGCCCUAGCCAUAUAAAAUUCAUGCAGACUAAACAGUUUCCCUGACAGAAUAAAUAAAGAGGGUGCUGCCCUGCUCCGGAAUCAAAAGCAAUUUAAUUAAAGUCUCUUAAGUUGUAAAGAGUUUUAAAUGUUCCACGUUGAAGACCGAAUGCCUGCAAAUGCAGCGGGCUUGACGUCAGCUGCCAGGCCUGGGCCGGGAGGCCAUUUGCUAUUCUGUUUAAGGCAGACUGGAUUGUCUUAUUUUGGAACCAGCUUGGUGGGGGGUUUGCUUUGCUACUGCUUCUGAGCCCUGAGCUUCAAAGGCUGAAAUUAAUGGUGAACAAAAUUGUGCGGCUCUGGCCGUCCCAUGCGGGGCAAGCCCAUUGAGGCUUAUCAUUAAGUAAAGAAAUAAAGAGGGGGAAAAAAGCCUGCCUGUUCCAAAAACCUCAUCAGAUAAUGACCUCAGUGAUUGGAUUUUCAUUACCAAACAGCAUCCAGAGAUUAUCUACUCCAUAGAAGAAGGGAGGAGGGAGGAAAAAAAAAAAAAAGAAAGAAAGAAAGGAAGGAAAGCAACUGUCUUUCUCUUCUUCUCUCUCUCUCUUUUUUUUUUUUUUUUUUUUUUUUUUGCACAUCUUUUCUUUAAAACUGUCAGAUCAUUUCAGUAUUUCAAAUCCGAGGAAAACAGCCUGCCUGCUGCUGUAUUUGAAGUUGUAAUGGUGUCAAAAAGUCACGACUGACUGACAGCCGUCAGUCCCAGAGGGGCUCAUUAAAUCAUAAAAACUUGACAAGGAAAUAAUUGCGCAUCGCCAGCAACUUGGCGCCUGUUUAGACGUUUUUAUUUUCUUUCAUUAUUAGUCCCCACCAUUACGUUCAUUAACAAAUUGCAUUAAACAACUGUUAAGGGCUAA